AGACAUACAAAAAGGACUGUUUUAAUUCAUCAGCUUAAAACAAUGGCAGUGAAUGAGGAAAGAAUUCUAUACAUUAGUAUAUAAAAAAGGAGUUCGGUCCUAGUGUUCAGGAAGAAGUCUUUUUCAAAAUGCGUCGUUUUCCUGGAUGUGUGGCAUUGAUUUUCCUAUUCUUUGGAUUUAUUUCUCUUUACCACAUGUAUGAAAGAAUUUUAGAAAAGGGAUUAUUCUCUGUCUUUGAAAAGAUGCAAAUGGACAGCUUACAAUGUUUAUCGAAUAAAAACCGUAUUCAUUUACAUGCACCAGAGUUUUAUAAAGCCCCGGAUAAAACAUCUUUACGACUGGUCGUUGCCUAUAUGAGAGGGGGAUCAACUCUGUUAGCUGACAUUGUUCGUCACACAGAAGGUGACUUCUAUAUGUUUGAACCAUUGCAUGGCAUUUCGCAAAAUUUGGGAAAUACAACGCAAUUUCUGAAUGGAACUAAAAGGAUAAUUUUACGACAUGACCUUGACACCUUUUAUCCAGAGCUGAUUUAUCAUUGGUUCACCUGUAAUUUUGAUCAAAUUGACUUGUCUGCCUUAUCUAACCCAUUUAUUUCAAUACACACACCAGAGCUUCAAGAGUAUUUCAACUGCAUCAUAUCUAAUUUAAAUGAAUCCAAAAGUACCAUAGAUAGCGUGAAAAAGUGUGUUUAUUUAUUGCAUGAUAGAUGCAUGAAAGCACGGUCAAGGACAAUAAAAACCAUAAGGCUGUCGAUGCUUAUGGCUGGAAAACUUUUAAAAUGGCUUCCGAAUCUAAGGAUUAUUUACUUAGUCCGAGAUCCUCGAGGUAUUCUCAACUCGCAAUUUGAACAACAUGUGACAGAGGAGAAAAGGAUGUUUACAACUGUCAAAAAGGUAUGUAAUUCUAUCUUUUCAGAUCUGUCACACACUAAGGAGUUAAAGUUGUGUCAUAAAAGCAGGAUAAUGAGUAUUAUUUAUGAAAACCUAUGUCAAUACCCGUUCAAAGUUGUGCCAAAAAUAUACAGAUUUUUAAACAUAGAGUUCACAAAUAUGACAGAAAUUUAUAUCAAAAGGAUGAUGAACGGACCAAUAAAGAAAUGCCACUACUGCACGGAUCGGGGAAAUGCCCUAGGAAAUGCUUACAGAUGGAUUCAUGCUAUAGAGGAAAAAACCUUGAUAAUUAUUGACCUAUAUUGCUCAUUUCUUUUUCCAUCAUUGGGAUACAAACAUUUAAAUUACGAAGAAUUGAAUACAACUUUUGUGUCUUGGAUGCCUACUUGAUAAAAGAUCCCAUUGAAUUUAUACUACUAGGGAAAUUGAGUAUGACAUGAAACAUGUUUUUCUUUUAAAUGUAGUUCCCCUGCUUGUUUGAGUAUUGUAAAUAUUUCCUUAUAAACUGUUAAAUGAUCAUGUAAAUAUUUUUAAGGUACUCUGAUCCGCAGGGUCUGAAAAUCAGGUAUUAACCAAUUGAAAAUGCUCACAAAAAUGUCUGAAAUCUCCGAAUUACAUGUUUUUACCCAAGAUAUUUUUUUUUUCAAAUUACUUCUCUAAAGUUAAUCAUAUUUUAUAGAGAAAAUUAGUUAAUCUAAAAUAAAUUUUCAGGAAAUUCAAUUAAAAACACUUACUAUGUAUUCAAAUUUGAUAAGCAAAAAGAUUUUAGUAAUAGAAGUCAUAGGCAUCCAGGCUUUUGAAGCAAUUGCUCAAUUUUUAUACAUAAAAGGUACUUUAGUUUUUUCAAUUUACUUCGGUCAUUUUACAAUGCAAAGUGUAUAUACAAUUUUUAUGCAUUAAAGGUACUUAAGUUUCUUCUAUAAACUUCGAUCAAUUUACAAAGAACAUCGUAUAAAGAUUUUCCUGUCAUUUAAACGCAAUAAAUCAUUUCUAACUUCAUGUCAUGUUUAUAAACAUUGGUAUGUACGGUUAGAUUUAAAGAAUUUUAAAAUACUUUUAUGGGUUAAAAAUUAGACCUAUCUGAGAACUUCAAAGAACCUUGAAGUACGUUUAGGGGUAUAAAUUGUUGCAUGAAAAGAUUUAAUUUUUUAGCAUCAUUUUAAGAUAUUUUGAAUUAAAUUAUUAAUUAAUGAGUUAUCCUUUCUGGCUGAGGAUCAGAGUACCUUGAAUAGAGAUUUUGUCAAUAUCAAGAGAAAAUCAAGUUUUGAGAGAAAUCAAAUUCAUUCUUGUUUUUUAAAACUUAUUUGUCAAGGAUAUUUUUCAAACUACAAUUGAUGGUCGUUAAGAAGCCUUGAUUUUGAAAUAUUUUAUGUCUGAAUUUAUUUAAUGCUUACAGGAUCGCGUCAGAAGUCUCUCCUCUUUAAAAAUAUUUUUUUAAAAA